AUGCUAGAUAAUAAUUAUGGUCACAUUGUAACGAUAGCAAGUGCUGCUGGUUUAAGUGGUAUAUCUGGUUUAGUUGAUUAUUGUUCAUCAAAAUUUGCUGCUGUUGGUUUACAUGAAGCUUUAACACAUGAAUUAUAUGGUCUAAAAAAACAUGGCAUUAAAACAACAGUUGUUUGUCCAAGUUUUAUUAACACUGGUAUGUUUGAAGGGGCCACUUCUCAUGACUUAGCGCCAAUGUUGGAUCAAGAAAAAGCUUGUGAUGCAAUUGUUAAAGGGAUUAGACAAAAUAAGCAUGUAUUAAUUAUGCCAAAAUCAUUUGCGAUUUCGUUUAAUCUGAACUGCUUCAUACCGAAAGCAGCCGAACUUGAAAUACAUGAUAUGAUUGGUCUUCAUAAAUUAAUGGACACAUUUAUUGGUCGUCAAAAGAAAUCAACUUAA